UUUUUCAAAAUCACAAACCCUCCUCUCAAUUCGAAUCGAUUCAUUCAUCUCAAACUAUCUUCCUCUCAAUUUCGCUUUUGAUUUGUGGCUUUUCCACUCUCAACCCCCCUUUCCAGUUGUGCUUCUCUAUCGUGAUACUCUCAAACGAUUCAGAAUUUCCCUUUGUGAAUGGUGGAAAUCUCGAGCGCACAAUUGAUGGUCAUCCCUUCUUCUUCUUCUCAAAGAAGAGGGGUUUCUCUUUCCACCGCUAACUCCUUCUGCUUCGGCUCCUGCAUGGAAGGCUGGUACUACCGCUGCCAAGGCCUUGACCCGUGAACCCCCAAUUUCUAUUUUUUUUCCCUGCGAAGAACCCUAAUUUUUUCCCUCUUUCAUUUAAUUCUUUAGUUUUCUUUCUCCUUUCGUUAAUUCUCAAAUACACUAAGAAAAUCGAAGGAAAAAAAAACACGAUGUUGCUUUACAAGCAGAAGAAGAGUCAGGCGGCGAAGGUGAACCGGUUUUUGAUCAGCGUUACGUUUCUGGGUAGCGCCGGUCCGAUCCGGUUCGUGGUCAAUGAGGAGGAGCUCGUUGCGGCUGUGAUUGAUACCGCGCUGAAAUCGUAUGCGCGUGAGGGCAGGCUUCCGAUUCUUGGAUCCGAUCUCAAUAAUUUCAUACUCUAUUGCCCGAUUUCUGGAACUGAAGCUCUGAGUCCAUGGGAGACUAUUGGAUCAGUGGGUGUUCGGAAUUUUGUGCUGUGCAAGAAGCCGGAAACAGAAAAGGCCGAUGACAGCGAGAAGCUGCCUCCGAUAGCUCGCAAGGGAUCGGGCAGCUGGAAAUCAUGGUUCAACAAAUCACUCAAUCCCAAGAUAUGUUCUCAUUAGACAAGUCAUAUUUACCUCUUUGGAGUUGGAGCUGCUGUUUGGGGUCUUUGCACUUUUGAAUGAUUUGGUUAUCUGCAUUUUGCUGGUUAAUGUUUUUCCUUUUUGUUUGUGUUUGGGGUUGGAAUAAUUGAACCUUUGUGGUUCUGCACCCCUAAUAAAACAGAGUUGCUUGAUUUUGUUUCAGUCAAUUCUUGGUUUGAAAUUGUUUUUGUUUCCUACAGCAAUUGUACUCAUCAACUUGUAUUAUGGGUGAUUUUUCAUUAAUUAAACUACCACCAUUUUUAUAUA